UCGCCCCCUUCCCGGCCUUGUCCUCUCCCUUCCCCCGCCGCCUGAGAGCCCCCCCUUGCACGCCGCCCCCCGCCCCCCGGCGCCCGGACGAUGCUCAAGUCUCGGCUCCGCAUGUUCCUGAACGAGCUGAAGCUGCUGGUGCUGACGGGCGGGGGGCGGCCCCGGGCCGAGCCGCAGCCCCGGGGGGGGGGAGGCGGCUGCGGCUGGGCGCCCUUCGCUGGCUGCUCGACCCCGGACGGCGACGGCGACGAAGAAGAGUACUACGGGUCGGAGCCGCGGGCCCGGGGCCUGGCUGGAGACAAGGAGCCGCGGGCAGGACCCCCGCCGCCUCCCGCUCCGCCGCCUCCGCCCCCGGGCGCGCUGGACGCCCUAUCGCUCAGCAGCAGCCUGGACAGCGGGCUCCGAACCCCCCAGUGCCGAAUCUGCUUUCAGGGCCCGGAGCAGGGGGAGCUCCUGAGCCCCUGCCGCUGCGACGGCUCUGUGCGCUGCACGCACCAGCCCUGCCUCAUCCGCUGGAUCAGCGAGAGGGGCUCCUGGAGCUGUGAGCUCUGCUACUUCAAGUACCAGGUCCUGGCGAUCAGCACCAAGAAUCCCCUGCAGUGGCAGGCCAUCUCCCUGACGGUCAUUGAGAAGGUCCAGAUUGCAGCCAUAGUUCUGGGCUCUCUCUUCCUCGUUGCCAGCAUCUCCUGGCUCAUCUGGUCCUCACUCAGCCCUUCAGCCAAGUGGCAACGGCAAGAUCUGCUCUUUCAGAUCUGCUACGGCAUGUAUGGCUUCAUGGAUGUCGUCUGCAUAGGCCUCAUCGUCCAUGAAGGCUCCUCUGUCUACCGUAUCUUCAAGCGCUGGCAGGCAGUGAACCAGCAGUGGAAGGUCCUGAAUUACGAUAAGACCAAGGACAUAGGAGGAGAUGCAGGGGGAGGGACGGCAGGGAAGCCGGGCCCCAGGACCUCACGGACGGGCCCCCCCUCUGGGGCCACUAGCCGCCCUCCAGCUACCCAGCGCAUGCGGACGCUCUUGCCUCAGCGCUGUGGUUACACAAUCCUGCAUCUCCUUGGACAGCUGCGGCCACCAGAUGCCCGUUCCAGUUCUCAUUCUGGCCGUGAGGUUGUCAUGAGGGUCACCACGGUCUGAACUGAACCCCAGGAGCGGGGAUCUUGAGUCAAUGCGUCGGCCAGAGAUAAGCUGUCAUGGCUGCUGGAGGUACUACCUGGACAAGGUGUUUGGGGCACACUGCCCUCACCACUGAGGAUCUCUGUGGGCAGCCUCAAGCUGGAGACAUUGUCUGGCCUCUACUGCCCACUGGGUAGAGACACCUGGAUGACAUUCCAGCCCCACUCAAGCUCCUCACACUCAUCCUGGUGCCAGUGGGCAGGUGGGAAGAACAUCUUUUCUUCCCUAGAGAACCGUCCUUACCUCAGCUCCUAGGGCCUCCAGCCCCCCAGCUCCUCCACGGUGACUUGGUGAAGGGGGACCAAUGCCAGAAGAAAGGGGCUGUAGACCCCCCCCAUUCCCCACCCUAUGGCCACAGGGCAGCUGGCAAUAAGACUAGUAUACAUUGACCUCCCGUUCCCUGCAUGAGGGCGGGGGUACUUCCCCCUGCUCCACCCCCCAUUGCAUGGGGGGAGGGCAUAAAGAAUCAUUUAUAUGCACGUGGAGACUCCUUUCUCAUGUGGGGCUUUUUUGGGAGAUGUGGGGAGGUUUCUCUGCAGGGGUUGCAAAUCCCAAAUGCAACCAUGGAUUCUGAGUUGGAGGUGUGACUCCCACUUGGUGGUGAAUAAUUCACAUUGACUGCUAGGUGGCAGUGCUCAGAAGUAUCUAAGGGGUGGACCUGAUACCUGCGUGUUGUGUGAUUUAGAAAAAAAAUCCUUCCAUUGUGGUUUUCCUGUCUACCACACAGGGUAGGAUUGAGGAUAAAUGAGGGACAGGUUGAAUGCCACUGCAAAGAAGAUCAGUGAUGGCAUAAAAAGAUUUCUAGACUAGUUGAUGGUCCAUUUGUUUCAAAUAAUAGCUGGUUAACAAAUUCCAGAAUGUGUUUUUCGUCUGGAAUUGCACAGAGCCUGGGAAAUUUGUGUCGAGUAUCAUAAUAGAUAAUGGAAAAUACGAGGGGAAAUAGACAUUGCAAAUGUUAAGGAUGGUGGUUAUUUGCAAGAAUAAGAGCUUCUCCAGCCCCCUAAACACCGGGAGCUGGGAAAGGCUGGAGCUAUCCUUCUUGCUCUCAGGAUCUUGUGGCUUCUAUUAAUCCCUACCAGGAAAUGUGCUCACCCAGAGAAGGGGUAUAAAGUGAAUUGGACUUAUUUGGAGUGAGACAGGAUUUCCCAGGGUUAUGAGUCUCCAACCUCAGUUUAAGCUACUCUGAUGGCAGUUCAGGAUCACAGGUCUGAUCCUAGUGUACCCCAGCUAGUGAUAGUAACUGGAAGAUAUUGUGCUUGAAGGCAGCAGCAUAGAGGACUGUUGUUUAUAGGGAAAAGGUUUGGGAAGGACUGUUAAAAUGUCAGCCUAAAGCCAAGGUCCCUCCUGAGGCCUUGGGCUGUGUAUUAUGAGUGAUGGUAUCUUUUACGUGAACUAUUCAUCAGCAAUUAAAAUAAUUCAUAACAUUGCUUAAGUCA